ACGACACAUAACAACAGUUGUCUGUUUCCCAAUCCCAAAGACAUCUGCAAAACCCAAAAACCUCUUCUUUCUCCCUUUCUUCCUUCUUACUCAUUCUAUAUUUGUAAUUGGCCAAAAAGAGAAAUCCUUUUGAUCAUUGGAAUUUUGACAUAUAUCUUGUCCAACAUCACUGCCUAUAACUCCAAGUCCACAAUCCUAAAGAAACUGAAGAGAAACGGAAACUGUCUAUGAUGGGAUACCUCUCCUGCAAAGCUGAAUCGGCCAUUUCUGUCUCCUCCAACUCCCAUGCUCCAUCUUCCAAGUCCAAAACCGCUCACAGCCCACGACACAAGAAACCCAUCAAGAUCCAGCAUUUUCACUACAGUGACCUUGAGGCUGCCACUAACAACUUCUCUGACCAAAAGCUGUUGGGCAAAGGCAGCCAUGGCUACGUCUACAAGGCCAUCCUCCACGGACGCCACGUUGCCGUCAAGAAGCCCUCUCGGACUCCCUCAGUCAAAGCCGAUGUCUUGACGAGCGAGGUCGAUAACGAAAUCGAAAUCCUGUCCAAAAUCCAGAGCCCAAGACUGGUAAAUCUAGUGGGUUUUACCAAUGAUUCUGAUAAUAGGCUUUUGGUGGUUGAGUUCAUGUGCAAUGGGACUUUGUACGACAUUCUUCAUUCCACAACUCGAUCCCCAACUUGGGGUCGAAGAAUUCGAUUGGCUUUGCAAACUGCAAAAGCCAUCGACAUUUUGCAUUCCUCAAACCCACCUGUGAUUCAUAGAGAUAUAAAGUCUGCGAAUGUGCUAAUAGAUAGAAACUAUAAUGCCCGGUUGGGUGAUUUUGGUUUAGCCCUUAGGUGCCAUGUGGAUGACUAUAGGCUAAGAUCCACACCUCCUGCUGGGACUAUGGGGUACUUAGACCCUUGCUAUGUGACCCCAGAUAAUUUGAGCACAAAGACUGAUGUGUUUAGUUUUGGGAUUUUGUUGUUGGAGAUUAUUAGUGGGAGAAAGGCUAUUGAUGUUGGGCACUCACCACCUUCGAUAGUGGAUUGGGCGAUUCCCGUUAUAAAAAAAGGGAAGCUUUCUGCUAUUUAUGAUCCAAGGAUAAUGCCUCCUAAGGAUUUGGUUGUGAGGAAGCAAUUGGCAGUGAUUGCCUCCAAGUGUGUAAGAUCUUGUAGGGAGAGGAGGCCGGCAAUGAAGGAGGUUGUUGAAUGGCUCAGUGGGUUAAGUAAAUUGGUUCCACUACAUUCGUGGAACGGUUUUAACAAUCCAUGUAUGAUGGUGGACACUGUUGGAGGUCCCGUGGGAUUGAGAAAUGUGAAUAAUUCGAGAAUGGAGGGUGUGGAAGGUGGGGAUUUUGAUGCAAUGGAUGGGAAUUUUGGUAGGUUGUCAACCAGGCAUUCCCGGAGAGUUUAUUCUGAUUUGGGGUUCAGUAGCAACUUGAUGGAGCUUAUGGCUGGUAACGAUGGGGAUGUUGAUGGGGAUGAGCUGAGUUCUAAAUCAGCGAAUCGAAGUUCUAAAUUUGGUAGUGGGAGAUAUUUCCGCAGAGGGAGAAAUCAAUCCCAGACUCAUGGAUGUGAUGACAAUGUCUUCCGUUUGAGGCGACAUCAAUCUGUUGGGGGACGUUCAGAGAUAUUUUCUAGAGAAGACUUAACUUCAAGUUCGAAUUUAGUUCUUGGGCAGCUGGGGGUGUAAGUAAUUUACUACCAGAGAUUCCAUCUGAAUGAUUCUGGCAAUGGAGCAAAGCCCCUCCAUCUUGUAAGCCUUAUCUUGUUUGCAAAUUACAUUGAUGUAGAAUUGUUGGUAGCUCAUUACUUUUGGAUUUUUCAAAGUUAACCUACCCCAUGUUCAUUCAAAUCUCAAUGUAUUGUUAUUUCCACAAGGGUACAUUGCUGAUGUCCCCCCCUGUAGGUUGUUUAAUCUUUCUUUGUAUGAAAAAUCUGAAUACAGAUGAAAA